UCCAGAGGGCGCGCGCUUUGGCUGCGAUCAUGGAGGAAAUCGGCGCCUGCUUCCGGAAAUCAGUGGGGACGCACUACAACUCACGGCAGAGCUGCUCAAGAUCUUCGUUGUGGAAGCGGCCAUCCGCAGCAUCCGGCAGGCCAAGGCAGAGGACCUGGCCCGUGUGGAUGUGGAGCAGCUGGAGAAGGUGCUGCCUCAGCUGCUUCUGGACUUUUAGUGGUUUCCACCCUCCCUGUGGCCGUCUCGCCGAGUCCCAGCCUCUGGCUUCAGAAAGGACCGGAGCUGCUGAUCCCCAAGGUUCUCCUCCAGCUUCCAGGACGGGCCAGGUCCCAGCAAACCACCCCUCCUCCCCGUGUCAUCCUGUCCCCCUGCCUGCUGCUGAGAGCUGGGACACAGCAGAUGGAGAGUUCGCUGACAGGAUGAGGGGCCUGACGCCUGGCACCUGCCGGAAGCCCCCUACCUGCCAGCUUGUGUCUCAGAGAAUCCCAUCGGCAAGAGGGGUCCCGGAUUCAUGCUUGGACACCAGCACAGGACCCGCCUGCCUCAGGAUGCUGUUUCUGUGGGAAAAGUUGCUUCGAGCCCCGACUGGGAGGGGCCAGGGCCGCUGAGCAGGAGGUCCUGGAGAUGCACUCACACAGGUAGAACGGCAGCUCGGGGUUGCCCAGGUGGCUCCUCACAAAGUCCCGCAAAUCCCCCACUGCAGGAGGAAGGGUGGGGUGAACGGGGACUCCACACUCAGACCCACGCCAGGGCCGGGCCCCUCUGCCAUGCGACGAGCCAGGUCCAACCUCUGUGUAGCCCCACUCCCUACAGGUCACCAAGGACACCACUCAGAAGUGGUGGCACUGCCGCCUUCCUUACAGGUGAGCUGCAGCUCCAGGCCAGAGACCCCACUGCUGGGUCUGGGGGAGCCCUGGGCCCACCCUUCUCUGGGUGCCCCUCUGCCCCAUCCAUGCCCAGGAAAGGGGGGCGCAUGGGGGCACCUAGUCCCACAGGCGCUGCCUGGCUGGUCUGCCAAGACUCCGGACAUGAGCCAGCCCCCAGCAUGGCGCCCGCUGCCUGUCCCGUGGCCCAGACAGAAGGAGCCUGGAGGAGCUCACAGGGACCCCGCCCUUCUGGACACCCAGACGGGGCUGCUCACCCGUCUCGCUGGGGCGGAAGAAGCCCUGCAGGAUGUAGCGGUCAGGAAACAGCACCCUCAAGACCACCUAGGCCAGGACAAGCCGCCUCGUCAGCAGGACAGCUGGAGCCCAACCUAGGCGGCUGCAUCCCUGGGCCCACAAUGGCUAGGCCCCC